GCUUUGGCUCGAACUUAUAGUUCUGGUAAAAGUCGGAGACUCGGAGGGGAAGUACAUAGCCGGCGAAGCCAGCGGCUCUCUUUCUCUCAGGUAGUGAUGAUCUGAAGAUCUGCCGAUUAGAGUUCUUGAAACCCUAAUCAUGUUGACGGAAGCAGACGAAGAAGCUCCUCCACUGACAGAGCCUCUUCUCAAUAACCACUUACAGUUUCAGCUUCGUCGAUCGGCUUCCAACACUACUUCGCAGGUUGCUAUAGUUGGCUCUAACGUGUGCCCCAUCGAGAGUUUAGACUACGAGAUAAUUGAGAAUGACUUCUUCAAGCAGGAUUGGAGAAGUCGCGGUAAGAUCCAGAUUUUUCAGUAUAUAUUUAUGAAAUGGUCGUUGUGUUUCCUCAUUGGCCUUUUUGCGGGACUCGUCGGAUUCCUUAUCAACCUCGCCGUCGAGAACAUUGCCGGAAUAAAAUUUGUCAUCACGUCAAAUAUGAUGUUGGAGAAGAGGUACGCGACGGCUUUUGGUGUUUUUGCUGCUUCAAAUUUUGUUCUUAUCCUGUUUUCAUCAGUUAUAACGACGUUUAUAGCGCCUGCGGCAGCUGGGUCGGGUAUUCCAGAAGUUAAGGCUUAUCUCAACGGAGUGGACGCCCCGGGGAUCUUUUCUCCUUGGACUUUGGUUGUCAAAGUUGUUGGUAGCAUUAUAGCUGUAUCGUCAUCCCUAAACAUAGGCAAGGCAGGGCCAUUGGUGCAUACUGGUGCUUGUAUUGCAUCAUUGCUAGGACAGGGUGGUUCCAAGAAGUAUGGUAUAACAUGGAGAUGGAUACGCUUCUUCAAGAAUGACAGAGAUAGGCGUGAUCUUGUAACCUGUGGAUCAGCUGCUGGAAUUGCUGCUGCUUUCCGUGCACCUGUUGGGGGAGUUCUAUUCGCUCUUGAGGAAAUGGCAUCAUGGUGGAGAAGUGCCCUUCUCUGGAGAGCAUUCUUCACAGCAGCGGUGGUUGCCAUUGUGCUCCGGAGUCUGAUUGAUGUUUGUAACAGUGGAAAGUGUGGCUUAUUUGGAAAAGGGGGACUAAUAAUGUUUGAUGUCACCUCAGAAAAUGUUACAUAUCACCUUGUUGAUGUACCACCUGUACUUGUUCUUGGAAUUAUUGGGGGUAUAUUGGGAAGCAUUUACAAUUUUCUUCUGGAGAGGGUUCUCCGAGUUUAUAAUCUCAUAAACGAGAAAGGAUAUGCUUAUAAAAUACUUCUUGCUUGCUCAAUCUCCAUAUUUACAUCAUGCUGUUUAUUUGGAUUACCAUGGCUUGCACCUUGCCGACCUUGCCCAACUGAUGCAAUCGAAGCUUGCCCUACAAUAGGGAGGUCUGGUAACUACAAGAAGUUUCAGUGUCCCCCUGGUCAUUACAAUGAUCUUGCCAGCCUAUUCUUCAAUACAAAUGAUGAUGCAAUCAGAAACCUUUUCAGCAAGGGCACUGAUACUGAGUUUCACCACAUAUCAAUACUCAUCUUCUUUGUCACCUGCUACAUUCUUAGCAUCUUCAGUUACGGGGUUGUAGCUCCAGCGGGUUUGUUUGUGCCUCUUAUUGUGACAGGGGCAGGUUAUGGACGCUUUAUUGGAAUGCUGAUGGGUUCUCAGUCAAAUCUCAACCAUGGUCUCUUUGCUGUCUUAGGAGCUGCUUCCCUGUUGGGUGGAUCUAUGAGGAUGACUGUGUCCUUGUGUGUUAUUCUCUUGGAGCUGACCAACAAUCUUCUGUUGCUUCCAAUGAUAAUGCUGGUCCUUCUUGUAUCCAAGACUGUUGCUGACACCUUUAAUGGAAAUAUUUAUGACAUUAUUAUGAAAUUGAAGGGUUUUCCUUAUCUAGAAGCUCAUGCAGAGCCAUACAUGAGACAGUUGACAGUUGGUGAUGUUGUAACAGGGCCUCUUCAGUGCUUUAAUGGCAUAGAGAAGGUCCGUAAUAUAGUGCAUGUACUCAAAACUACAAGGCAUCAUGGGUUCCCAGUGAUUGAUGAGCCACCAUUUUCAGAUUGCCCUGUGUUGUCUGGUCUAGUCCUCCGGGCCCACCUUAUUGUGCUGCUGAAGAAGAAAGUAUUCCUGCCUACUCCAGUGCUUACAGGCACUGAUAUCACAAAGAGGUUCUCUGCCAACGAUUUUGCUAAGCGUGGUUCGGGUAAUAAUGACCAUAUAGAAGAUAUAGAAGUGACCGAGGAAGAAAUGGAUAUGUAUAUAGAUUUGCAUCCCUUUACAAAUGCUUCACCAUAUACUGUUGUGGAGACGAUGUCACUAGCAAAGGCUCUCAUACUUUUCCGAGAGGUUGGUUUAAGGCACCUCUUGGUGGUUCCCAAGACUUCUAACAGAUCAUCUGUGGUGGGUGUGUUGACAAGGCAUGAUUUUAUGCCCGAGCAUAUAUUGGGAUUGCAUCCUUUCCUGAUAAGGAGCAGGUGGAAGAAGUUAAGACUUAGGCCGGCCAGUUUAACUAAGCUGUUUUAGAUGUUCCAAUUGAAUAUCAUGGCUCAUGCCAGUAUCUGUAAAAAUGCUGUUGUUUUGCUUCAACAUCAUUGUUUUGAUUCCAAUUUUCAUGUUCUCCGUACUUCAUAUGAAGGUCAGGCUUGUGUUAUCUAGCUGACUGUAUCAUAUGAAAAAUAAUUUAUUUGUGCUACAAAAUUGAUUUAGUUCAUAGAUUAAAUAA